ACAUUGACAGAAUCCCUUGUGACAAGGGAGGAGAACAUCAAGCAUCCAGCAGAGGAACAUGAUGCCACACCUGGUAUCAAGAUACUGACCGUUGAUAUUCCUUCCAUUGGUCGUUUUAGCAGCUGGGAUUGUGCUGGUCACUGUGAGUACCAUGUGACACAUACCAUGUUCCUGGGCUCGCGCAAUUCAAUCUUUCUUGUCAAUUACGAUAUCACUUUGAAGAAUUGUUAUAAACGGGUUCUGUAUUGGUUGAAUUUAAUUAAGGCAAGCCGGGCUCCAAACUACACAAGUGACCACAUGGACCAAUCGUAUGUUAUCUUGGUUGCUACGCAUGUUGAUUUAGUUGAGAACAAGCUGCAAGCUUAUGAGUCUGCUGCCCUCAUUCAUCAAGAAAUGAUGUCAUUAUUCAAAGAUCACAUGAAUAUAGUCGAUGAAGUGAUUCUGUUGAAUUCUCACAAAUCUCGAGAAAAGUCAACAAGGAAACUACGUGAAAUAAUUGAGCAAUGCUCAGACUGUAUUAAGAAAAGCAAACGUCUACCAAAACUUUGCUCUCAGAUGAUCAAAAGAAAGAAGAAUUGGGCUAGUGAGAAUUACCCUAUCCUAACAUGGUCUGCAUACAAGCAUAAUGUGCGAGAAAUAGAUCCACGAGUUGAAGAUAGCUUCCUGCAGAAGGCUACUGAAUUCCUGGUAGAUUGUGGAGAG